GUGGCAACGUCACAAACUUCGUGCGCGUACCACGAAAACACACGCACAAACAGGCAGGCAGUGUUCUCUUCAUGGUGUUUUACAACCAUCUGAACUGCGUGAGAACAAAAGUGUCCGGCGAUGUGAUUAAUUGCUUCUAGCUCGCUGCUGGCGCGACGUUCUCAAUCUCCAUAAUACAUAUGAAGCGAUGCACAAAUCGCCAGUUUCUACUACUCUAAACUUGGGUAUCCCACAAAUGAUUGUCUUUAAAUAGAUGCCGAUUCAUCACUAAGAUUGUUGAUUUUGCAAGAACCAAGAAAUCAUCUGUUUCACCAUUGGGUGGUCUUGGCGAAAGCCUCGCCCCUCGUGGGCUAAUAUUAUGGGAUGUUCUGCUGGUAAGCAUAUGACCACAAGUCCAGAAGUCAGCUCCAGUUCCCACUCAGCUAAAGAAAAUGGUUGCUCAGUACGUACACCUGAUGUUCCAAGACACUCACUAGAAAGCAGUGCACUAAAAAACAGCAGAAAAGAUUCAUCUAAUAGUAUUACCUCAGUCAAAGAGCCUGAUAUUCCAGAACCAAAAAAUGAUAUCUCCUCAGUAACCAAGGAUAAGAAUGAGGAUGGAAUACCUAGAAGAAAACCCACCCCAAUAAGGACAAAUGACAACCACUGUGCAGCUCCAAAGUCUGUUCCAAUCAAUCAAGUCAGAGUGCAAAUGACAAAGUCUCAACUGGAGUUUUUCAGAAUGCUUGAUCAAAAAAUUGCAGAGGGGCCAGACUAUGUCUCAGAAGCUGAAAGCUGACAUUACAUUGCUGAAUAAGUCUUGAUUUAGUAAAUUUCUACAAAGCAACACUUAGAAGUUUACAGUCUAGAUCCCAACAGAGGCGAUAAAUUCAGCAUUCCACCAGAUUGUGGCAUCAGUUUGUCUGGAGGACAUUUAUCAUACAAUCUACUAGAUCAGUCAGUUAGCAUGUUUUCAUGGGUUGCUUAGAGGUAGACUCAUUAAAAAAAAAAAGAUUAGAAAGGAAAAGGUAAAGAGUCAGGUGCAAGUCAUCCAUAGUGACUUGUAACGAUAAGGAAUUCCACCAAAUUCUCUUACCAUGAGGAAGAUGUUGAACUGACUGCUCAAAAAGACUUAGGCUAACAAGGGAAUAGAUAUGUCAUUUUUGGAACUGGCAGAAUUUCGAUGUAGUGGGAUUAAGGUACAAGUUUCUCCACUUUGUAACAUGCCCUCUCUCCUCUCCCCCCGCUUUAUUUCUCUCAAUACUUGUCCACCUGACACAAGUUUUAUUUCAUGUACAUGGAGUUGGUGUCCCCUUCUUCUCUCCCUGUGGUAAAGCAAGGACACUGUGAAUAGUUCUCAUACAUUAUCAAAGUUGUUUUAAGUGGUGUAUUAUUCUAUGCUGGCAUAAGCUAUCUUUUACUUUCCGCACCAGUAAUCCUUACACGGUCAUUUCACAUAGACAGCAAGAGUUGAGUCUUCUCCCAGGGAACUACUAAUAUGUGACUAUUGGUGAACAAAGACCGGAAAAUGGCGGUCUUUAAUUUAAUACUGUGCGAAAAAAGAAAAUUUGAAUGAAAAUUUAAGUAAGGUAUUCUUUGGCCCUCCAGUGUGACUGAAUAAAAGAGUAGUGAGGGUAGCGAAAGGUUUUAAAUGCCUAAAACGUCUUUGAAGAGCUAACGGUCCAGAGAGCCUUCUCCGUUUGUCGUGGAGAGAAAACGCACAAGAUAGUAACAAGGGAAACAACAUUCAUUUCGUGCGUUUUAUACAUUAAACAAGUCAAUCUAACGGAUAACAUUGAGAGGUCAAGAUAGAAUUGCACCUCUGAAAACUAUUUCCCUGAAUAAUAAGUUACUUUCUGUGGCCUCAUUUAAUACCAGCAUUGAGAUGUUUUCGUCCAUCAUGUUUAAAAUUUGUAAUUUGUUUUUUGCAAUUGUAGUCUCUUACGCCCAGUUCAGACGCCGAACUUUUCAAGAGCCGGACUCAAUUCGAAUUUGGACCGACCCAAAUUAACAAAAGCACGCCUGUUGAUUCAGACCCCCUUCUUUUUGGCCGUUCCAAAUACAGUUCCAGUAAAACCAGCCACAUAACUUGCAAAAUACAUCAUAAUAGUUUAUGCAUUAGGAUCGGCACUUGAAAAGUACAACGUCUGAAUCAAAGCCGUUUCAAAGGCGUUCCAAAGGCGAAAUUCUCGGCCAAGCCAGGCGGGAAGAACGGGUGAGCCGUUCCAAAUUGAAAUAGACGUUCCAAAUUGAUUCAGACGCCGAUCUUUUCAUGUACUUAAAUUCAAGGAAUUACGUUCGGCUCAUGAAAAGAUAGGCGUCUGAAGUACUGGCCCUAGGGUACUGUGUAACAGUUCAAGUUAGGCAUGUGUGGUAGACGGCGCCACCGAAAAAAAAAUUGCGCGUCGGUAAACCGCAGGCAUAAACCGCAUACCGUCUAUGAUCGUAAUUUUUAUUAAGAUUGACAUUUAACUUAACCUAGUAUUUACAAUUUCUAGAGAGCUUCAAGGGAGUUAUCAAAAUUUUGGACGGGUUGGUUUUGAGGAGGCCAGGAGGGUCAACUACUUGCCAGCGCUUUCUGCUUUUACGCAUAAAAUAGUGUAUAUCUAUAGAAAAUGGUUGUGUAUCUUUGUUUAACGAUGUAUAGACCCCAGUAAUAGUUUUGGUUAAAAUGCCUAGUCGCGAACGUGGUUGAGAGAGAAAAAUUCUGGAUGAUUCUCAUGAAAACCUUUAUCAACUGUAAUCAAAUUAUACGGAAAUAAAUUUGUGAUAAAUUUCUAAUUUA